AUGGAAGAGGACAAGACCGGCGACACCGAAGAAACACCCAUUUCAUACAGCAAAAGACCCCGUCCUGAUUCACACUUCAGCACAGGUACAACUCCAUCCACCUCACCAAAACCUCCAUGCUGCUCCGAGGUAAGCGACAUACUCAUGUCCAUUGAAAAUAAACUUUCCGGCUUUGACUCCAGACUCUCGCUCAUCGAAGUCCUACACCAGGAAUUCCAGGCUCUGCGCCACAGCCUGGAAUUCAGUCAGAACCAAAUCGACACACUCACUCAAGACAACAAGUCACUUCAUCAUUCUGUCAAAACGAUAACCACCCAGCUCACCUCUGUUACUGCCGACAACAAAGCUAUGAAAGAAACCAUCCUGGAUUUACAAGCACGCACUGGAGUGCCGGGGGAGGAGCCUCGCUGCUCUGUGUGUCAGGAGGCGGAGCCAAACUCUGACAGCCAAUCAAACCCAAACAACCAGAUCCUCAUCUGUGGGAAAUGUGGCAUUGGUUUCCACCAGCACUGCCACCUCCCUGCUGUAGAGGGCAGCAUCAGUCCCUGGUUCUGUAGACGUUGUGUCUUCGCUCUGGCUGUCCGGAAAGGAGGCGCUCUAAAGAAAGGUCCGAUAGCCAAAGCUUUGUCGGCCAUGAAGCAGGUCUUACUUUACGACCUGGACUCUCUGGACUGGGACUCACAGCACCGGACCAAUCAGCAGCAGUGUUACUGUUACUGCGGAGGCCCCGGAGAGUGGUACCUGAAGAUGCUUCAGUGCUUCAGGUGUCAGCAGUGGUUCCAUGAAGCCUGCACUCAGUGUCUGCAGGAGUCCAUGAUGUUUGGGGACAGGUUCUACCUCUUCCUGUGCUCGGUGUGUAAUAAAGGAUCCGAGUACGUCCGCCGGCUGUCCCUCCGGUGGGUGGAUCUGGUUCACCUGGUUCUCUACAACCUGUCAGUCAGCAGCAAGAAGAAAUACUUUGAGCUGGACGAGAUCCUCACCUUAGUCUCUGCAAACUGGGACCACUUACAACUCGGGAAGCUGUCUAAUACUCCUCCAGCAGAAAGGGGGCAGCACCUGCUAGAUGCUCUGAAUAAAUACAAGAGCAAGUUUCUGUGUGGAAAGGAGAUAAAGAAGAGGAAAUGCAUCUUCCGUCUGAGGACCAGAGUCCCUCCCAACCCCCCCUCCAAACUCCUUCCUGAGCGUGCUCAGACCGAUGGAGGGCAGGGCCACAAGAAAGGCAACAGUGCUUCAGCUGAGAGGAGGAAGAAGAAGUCCAAGUGGCUCCUAGAAGAUGCGAUUCCAAAUAACCAGUCGUCCCACAGCUGGACUUCUCACCAUCACAUGGCGAACAUCUUUGACUUCAGUCUGGAUGAACUUCAGAGCCUCAAGAGUGGCUCCAGUCGAUCGGUCAGUAUUGAUCAGGACUCUACUGAUGCCUCCACGUCAGGUUCUGCUACGACCAGCAGCACCUAUCACUUCAGGAGGAGGGUAGGCAGCAGGAAGAGGAAGUUGCCUAGCAACAGCUACAGUCAAUGGGCCAAUCGCAGUGAGGUAGAGGAGGAGCUCAGAGGGGAGGAGCCAGAAGCUAUCAACCACCUGACCACAGACUCCUCCCACUUCCUGUCUGAUGCCUCCCAGAUAUCCUCUGACUCCUCCCUCCUCCACUCCUCCAUCUCCUCGUAUUUUGGAGUGGCGGGCCGACUGACCAAUGGGGAGAGGUACCAGGUUUUGGCUCGACGUGUCACUCCUCAGGGGACGGUCCAGUACCUGCUGGAGUGGGAGGGGACAACACCUUAUUAGGUUAGACGAGACGCUUUGAUUCCUCCACGCUCACAGAGACAUCUGCUGAUUGGUCCAAACAUCCUCACCAACCACCUGAUCAGGUCUCCGUGUUUUUAAAAAUGUUUUAUUUCAUCACAAAAGUAUUUUAAUCCAGAAUCAAUGAACCGGAUCUGACAGGAGAUGACAAUCCUAACCCUGAGACGUCUGUCCCCGUAAACUUCUGUGAGACGUCUGUACCGCAAACCUCUGUGAGACGUCUGUCCCCGUAAACCGCUGUUAGACGUCUGUCCCCAUAAACCGCAGUGAGACGUCUGUCCCGGCUGAGGAAUCGCGUAUAAAAUAAUGAAACAGUAUUUGGUGAGAACAAAAAGUUUAAAUAGAGCCAAAGACCGACACAGAUACACUCUCUCUCUCUCUCUCACACACACAUAGACGCACACUCUCAGUAGUUGUGGUUUAUGUUUCUUCUUCUUUGACAUGUUAAACAGUCAGAGCUGCUCUGUAGCGCACAGCUGUUAAACAGCUCACUGCCUCACCUCCCCUUCCUCCUCUUCCUAUAAUAAUAAUAAUAAUAAUAAUCAAUAAUUGUUAAUCAAGUCUCUGAAAUAUUUUCUGUCUGAAUCUGAUAAGAACUACAAAUCCCAGAGUUCAGUGCUUCUUGUGUGUUUUCUUGCACUAUUGUCACAUUCUGUAUCUAUGCAAACAUCAAUGAAUACAUGACAUCAGAGGUUAGCUCCAAGCUAACACAGCCCUUUGGUUUCAGUGAGGAAUGCUAACAGUGCUAACAGACAUUAAAAUGUCACGCUGCCACGGUAACCGUGCUCUCCUCCCAUUGGCCUGUUGGAAGGUUGUUUUGAUCACAUGACUAUGUUUGUUCACUUCAGCUGACCAUUCAGCUGCCAGCUUUCUCUGCAAUAAAACCUUUGA